GCCCCAUGUUUCCCCCCUGAAUGCCCCAUGUUUCCCCCGUGCAGCCCCCAUGUUUCCCCCCUGCAUACCCCAUGUUUCCCCCCUGAAUGCCCCAUGUUUCCCACCUGCGGGACCCCUGCCCCAUUUUCCCCCCCUGCAGGCCCCAUGUUUCCCCCCUGCAGGCCCCACGCCCCAUGUUUCCCCCCUGCAGGCCCCAUGUUUCCCUGCUGCAGGCCCCAUGUUUCCCCCCUGCAGGCCCCACCCUCAUGUUUCCAAGGCUGGGUGGCUGGGUGCUCUGUGCAUGAAAGCUCCCAGCAGUGUGUGGAGCGCUCAGCAACAAAGGAACCUCACUGCCCUCACACUCUUACUCGCCUUCCCCUGUCACAUCCUCGCUUCCCUCCAUCCCCUGCGCCUUCCCAGGAUGGCUAGCCCCAUGUUUAACCCCUGCUAUCCCCACAUUUUGCCCCUAUUUGCCCCGCGUUUAGGUGCAGAAUAG